CAGCUUCAUAUUUUAUGAAUAUGGCCAAACUGACGUCAGCCGGCACAAAACGCUUUUCUUGUCCUGGAUGUGAGGCAAAGAACUUUCACAAUUUGAUAGACGUCAAAAAUCAUUUUGUCCAGCAGUGUCACACUGUCAAGUGUCCGAAAUGCCAAAAAGUAUUCAAACAAGCAAUCUCGCUUAUACAACACUACCAAAAAUACGAUGAUUUCAACAACGCGUUGCAGAAGAAACCAACUAAAGUUCAACAAAUCCAAACAUCCAAACCAGUUGUGAAACUAGCUGUGGCCUCAAGCUCAAGGAGUGUUCAAAAUAGUGCUGCUGAUGAGGCCAUGGGGGUCCAGCGACAGGGCUUUGGAAUCCCAGAGCCUGAUCCGCUGAGCAGUUCUUUGGUUUUUCUACCACUAAUGAGCCUUGAAAGAUUUCCUCUAUUAGAGGUUGAGCCACGUAUUGCGACUCAGUUGCUGGAUCUUCCUACUAUUCUACAUCCUUUAGAACAGGAUCUCAUCUUCCGAUAUUUGUGUGCACGAUGCCAUCCAUUGAAUCGCCUGCAGGCAGCAGGGUACAUAUUAGAGCCCACCUUGAUGGGAAACAAGAGACGGUCAUCUAAGGGAACUAUUGAGCCAUAUCUCUUCCGAACCACUCCUCCUCGCUCGGGAUUACAAAAAGAUACGAAGAGACGCGCUGUUGCCAUUGAUUGUGAAAUGGUGGAAGUUGCAAAUGGUCACCAAGCGCUUGCAUUCCUGGGAGCCAUCGAUUUCUUGAACGGCGAUGUACUCAUCAAUAACUAUGUUAGGCCAGAUGAGGAUGUUGUGGACUGGAGGUCUGAUGUCAGUGGCGUGACACACUCACUCAUGAGCAGCGCUAUUAUCGCCGGUGAAGCACUGGGCAGUUGGCAAGAGGCUCGCCAGAGAUUAUGGAAUUUUAUUGAUGACUCGACUGUACUUGUUGGUCAUUCUCUCCACUUCGAUCUCGAAGUGCUGGGAAUAUGCCAUACGAAAGUUGUUGACUCUGCCAUUUUUACUGCCGAGGCUGUCUUUCACACUGCCUCGUCCACAAAGCCAUUCAAGCGCGCAUGGAGUUUGAAAACCCUUGCCAGGGAGUUCUUGAACUUGGAUAUCCAGAUUUCCAAGGCCGGGCAUAGUGCUUUGGAAGACGCAUAUGCAGCUCGAGAUGUCGUCAUAUGGUGCAUCAGGUAUCCGGAGCAGUUCAAGGCAUGGGUGGAAAUUGCACGCGCCGAGGAGGAGCGUAAGGUCGCGAUGCAGCGACAGCGAAAGGGUAAGAAAAAAGGAAAUGGGAAAUUAGCGGUCAACAAGUCUGUUCAACAUCGGGAAUAUGAGGUUGGAUAUGAUGAGGACUCUGAAAUUCUUCAUUGGUCUGAUAUCGCAGAGGGCUGUGGAUGGCCCCAUCCAGACACGGGGUAUGAUCCCUGGUCUGACUGA